CUCUACGUUGGCAACCUCUCUUGGAACACAACCGAUGACACUCUCAGGGAGGCCUUCUCUGCCUACGGUACUGUUGAGUCCUCUAUCGUCAUGAGAGACCGCGACACUGGUCGUUCCCGUGGUUUUGGCUUUGUCACCUAUAGUAGUGAUAGCGAGGCCCAGGCAGCAAUCGAUGCUCUGAACGAACAAGAACUCGACGGUCGCAGGAUCAAGGUUAACAUGGCAUCAGCUCGC